AUGUCUUCUCUGAUUCCUCCACCGAUUCCGAUGGAGCUCCACGCCGGAAACCGGAAGAAGCUCCUCGAUUCAAUACUCCUUCACUUAUCUAGUUCCAAUCGUCCUCUCCAUGGAUUCGUAUUCCUCCAGGGAGGCGAAGAGAAAAAUCGGUACUGCACUGAUCACGCCGAGCUCUUCAGGCAGGAGAGUUAUUUUGCUUAUUUGUUUGGAGUCAAAGAGCCUGAUUUCUAUGGAGCUUUAGACAUUGCAAGUGGGAAAUCUAUCCUUUUUAUUCCAAGGUUGCCUGAAGAUUAUGCUGUCUGGUUGGGGGAGAUAAAGCCAUUGUCACACUUUAAGGAAACAUAUAUGGUAGACAUGGUUUUCUAUGUGGAUGAGAUUAUCAAAGUCUUCACUGAACAUUUUAAGGGAUCUGGAAAUCCCCUGUUAUAUCUCUUGCAUGGCCUUAAUACUGACAGUAGUAACUUUUCAAAACCUGCCAGCUUCGAGGGGAUAGAAAAGUUUGAGACUGAUUUGACCACUUUACAUCCUAUUUUGGCGGAAUGUCGUGUUAUCAAGUCAGAUCUGGAGCUUCAGUUGUUACAGUUUGCAAAUGAUAUAAGUUCUGAAGCUCAUGUAGAGGUUAUGAGGAGAGUCACACCCGGCAUGAAAGAAUAUCAGAUGGAAAGUAUGUUUUUGCAUCACACCUACAUGUACGGUGGUUGUAGACAUUGCUCUUACACAUGCAUUUGUGCAACAGGCGAGAACAGUGCUGUUCUUCAUUACGGGCAUGCUGCAGCUCCAAAUGAUAGGACUUUUGAAGACGGAGAUUUGGCAUUGCUUGAUAUGGGUGGUGAAUACCAUUUUUAUGCAUCUGACAUAACAUGCUCAUUCCCGGUCAAUGGUAGAUUUACAAGCGACCAGAGUCUAAUCUACAAUGCUGUUCUGGAUGCUCAUAAUUCUGUAAUCUCUGCGAUGAAGCCAGGAGUAAACUGGGUGGAUAUGCACAAGUUAGCCGAAAGAAUCAUCCUUGAGUCACUGAAGAAGGGGUCCAUCCUCACUGGUGAUGUAGACGAGAUGAUGGUAGAACGCUUGGGUGCUGUUUUCAUGCCUCAUGGACUAGGUCACUUCAUGGGCAUUGACACACACGAUACUGGUGGUUACCCUAUGGGAGUGGAAAGACCAAAAGAACCGGGAUUGAAGUCAUUACGCACUGCAAGAGACCUCCUUGAAGGAAUGGUAAUAACGGUGGAACCAGGAUGCUAUUUUAUUAAGGCAUUGCUGAUCCCAGCCAUGGAAAACGCAAAAACCUCAAAGUUCUUCAACCGUGAAACAAUAGAGAGAUUUAAGAAUCUCGGAGGGGUCAGAAUCGAAAGCGAUUUGGUCGUAACUGCGAAUGGGUGCAAGAACAUGACAAAUGUUCCGCGGGAGACAUGGGAGAUCGAAGCUGUGAUGGCUGGAGCGCCUUGGCCACCCGUUACUACAGGAAACAAUGAUACCAAGUGA